AUGGGGAAACGCCAGCAUCAAAAGGAUAAAAUGUACCUGACGUACACAGAGUGGACGACACUGUACGGAGGUAAAAGAUCAGGCACUAGUAAGGAAGAGGACACUACUUUUAAACGACUGCCGUUUGACCAUUGCUGCCUAUGUCUUCAGCCUUUCGAUGACCCUUACUGCGACAUGGACGGCAAUAUAUUUGAGUUGCAAGCCAUAUUAGACUUUGUAAAGAAGUUUAAAAUCAACCCAGUUACUGGGAAAAAAAUAGACAUCAAAUCCUUGACAAAGUUGAAUUUCUUCAAAAAUGCUGAGGAGGACUACCACUGCCCAGUUCUAUUCAAGCCCUUCACAAAGAACUCUCAUAUUGUGGCCAUCAAGACCAGUGGGAAUGUGUACUCAAAUGAGGCUGUGGAACAGCUGAACAUCAAAGGCAAGAACUGGAAGGACCUGAUCAAUGAUACUCCAUUCACCAGGGCUGAUAUCAUUACCGUACAGGACCCUAACAAUCUUACAAAGUUUAAUAUCUCUACUUUUCAUCAUAUUAAACAUAAUCUGAGGGUGGAGACUGAAGAGGAAAUAGCAAUGAGGAAAGAUCCCCAUGCCAGACUGAAGACUGUAUCAGCUGAAACAAAAGAUAUCCUACAGGAACUGGAGAAAGAAUACAAAGCACCUGAAAAGAAAGAAGUAAAGAAAGAGGUUGCAGAUAAGUUCAAUGCGGCUCAUUACUCCACUGGUAUGGUGGCUGCCAGCUUCACAUCCACUGCUAUGAUGCCAGAGACAGUCCAUGAAGCUGCUAUUAUCUGUGAGGAUGAUGUCAAAUAUGAUAUGGUCAAGAAAAAAGGAUAUGUAAGACUAGUCACAAACCUGGGGCCUCUGAACUUCGAGCUGUACUGCGACUUAACACCCAAAGCAUGCGACAACUUCAUCAGACAUUGCAACAAUGGAUACUAUAAUGGAACCAAGUUUCAUAGGUCUAUUCGGAAUUUUAUGAUCCAAGGUGGCGAUCCAACUGGCACUGGUUUGGGUGGUGAGUCAGUCUGGAAGAAACCAUUUGAAGAUGAAGUCAAGCCGAAUUUACAUCACACUGGCAGAGGGGUGCUGUCUAUGGCGAACUCUGGACCAAAUACUAAUGGAUCGCAGUUUUUCAUAACCUUCCGUUCGUGCAAACAACUGGAUGGCAAGCACACAAUAUUCGGCAAGUUAGUCGGCGGUAUGGAUACUCUAACGGCCAUGGAGCAGAUUGAGGUUGACAAUAAGGACCGGCCCAUUCAAGAUAUUGUUAUUGAAGUUGCACAAGUCUUUGUGGAUCCCUUCGCUGAAGCUGAAGAACAGCUUAUCAAAGACAGAGCAGAGGAACUGAAAAGGAAAGCAGAAGCUGAAGGAUCACAAGUUAGGCCAAAGAAAGCAAAACAGCCGCUGAAAGUAUUCAGAGACGGAGUCGGCAAAUAUCUUAAUUUACAGGAAGUAGCGCCACCUGCACCUACUGCUAAAACCAAUAAGACAAUAGAACCUCCCACCAAAAAGGUUAAAACUGAUAAAAAAUUUGGUUUUGGCGGUUUCGACAAUUGGUAA